CGCCGACACUUCUUCAACACAACAACCCACAACCGCGUAAACACACCCUAACAUUCCCACGCCCUGCGCGUCCCAAACCGCCGCAAUGCAGGGCUUCAACAUGGGCCGGUACUACCCGCCCUCCACCACCUCCCCGCCCCGCUUCAACUCCUCCUCAACCCUCAAGACCACCCAAAAGCGCACCCCAGCCGGCUCGCAAAUCGUCCGCUUCGAGAUGCCCUUCCACGUCUGGUGCGCGCACUGCCCCGCCGAAACCAUCAUCCCACAAGGCGUACGCUUCAAUGCCGAAAAGAAGAAGAUCGGCAUGUACUUCUCCACGCCGAUCUGGAGCUUCCGCAUGAAGCACAGCGUGUGCGGGGGCGCGGUCGAGAUCCGUACGGAUCCGGGCAGGGCAGACUAUGUGGUGUACGAGGGCGGCCGGAAGCGGGAUUAUGGGGCUGCUGCUGCUUCUGCUGAUGAUGAAGAGGGAGGGGUAGGUGAGGGCAGGUUUCUGAGCGAGGAGGAGCGGGCGAAGAGGCGGAGCGAUGCGUUUGCGAGCUUGGAGGGCAAGGUGGAGGAGAAGGCGAAGGUGCGGGAGAGUAGGGAGAGGGUGGAGGAGUUGUAUGCUGCGCGGGAGAAGGACUGGAAGGAUCCGUAUGCGGCGAGUAAGAGGCUGAGGAGCGGGUUUAGGAAGGAUCGGAAGGUGAGGGCUGGGCAGGAGGAGGAGCGGGGGAGGAUACGGGAUAGGUAUGGGUUUGGAGAGGAGUUUGAGAUUGUGGAUGAGACGGAGGGUGAUCGUGCGCGCGCGGGGCUUAUUGAGUUUGGCGCUGCGGAUGGCGAAGACCUUGCUGCGAAACCUCUAUUCGCCUUGGCUGAUUCGGAUGCGAAAGAAGGUGUUAUGAUUGGUCUCACGAAGGCAAAGAAAGAGGCUGCUGGGAGGAAAGUCAAGCUUCAGAAACAGCUACAGGGAAAUACACGUGCGGCACUGGAUCCUUUCCGAAUCAGCAAAACUCCCAAGCCAGUAAGGCCGUUCUUGGGAAUCAAGAAGUCUCUCGUCUCUACGAGCAACCAGGAAUCAGACAAGGAGAUGACAGCAUCCGCGCUCGUGGCUUACGAGUCAGAAUGAUUGAAUAAGUGCUGCUUGGGCUUCUGGACGCAUGGUAACGGCGUGUUGGUAUUAGCAUUAGGUUGGCGUUCUAUACCCCCGAGUUAGCGUGAAAUCUUU